CAAGCAUACAUCAGACAGGGUGUGCAGAGAAAGUUAAAGCCAUUCUCAGAAGAUCUUCUCUCCACAAAGCUGCAGAAUGACAUUCAGGGAACUAAUUGGAUUCUCUAUCCUGUUAUACUGGCUCUUUUGUGCCACAGGAGGCGUGGAGUUUGAGCAGUAUCCGUCCCUAAUAGCCAAACCAGGAGAGGACAGGGAGAUUAAAUGCAGCCACAGCGAGAGCAACUACCACAACAUGUAUUGGUACAGACGGGCAUUACACGACAGGGUUCUCGUCCUGGUUGUGUUCGGCCAUAGCAGGGAAAAGCCCACUUACGAAGCCCAGUUCCAAACCCGAUUCCGUUUGACCCGGGAGGCAGUGAACCGAAGCUCCCUACACAUCUCCUCUCUCACUGUGGAAGACACUGCAGUGUACUUUUGUGCAGCUAGCUCACACAGUGCUAUAAGCUAUAAGCCUCGCUUCGAGCAGCACUUUGGUGGAGGAACAAGACUCACUGUUGUAGAUCCCCAUGUUCCAGUCACACCUCCCCAGGUCAGAGUACUGCCCCCUGCCCCCCAGGAAGUCCAGAGGAGCAGUAAGAGCAAGUCCAAAGUAACGCUGGUGUGCGUGGCAACAGGGUUCUACCCUGACCACAUCCGUGUGCUAUGGAAGGUGAAUGGAGUGGAGGUGGGGGCCAGUGGGGAGGACAGCAGUCCCAUGUGGGAUGGGUCCAGCAGUACCUACAGCCUCAGCAGCAGAAUCAGGAUCCCUGCCCAGGACUGGCUCCGCCCACAAAACAGCUUCACCUGUGUUACCAGCUUCUACAAUGGGAGCCAUGACCUCAUCAACAAUCACACAAUUUUUGGAGACGGUUGUUUCUCAGUGGAGAAAAGGAAAAUGAGCCUGGUUGCAGCACGCUUCUCGUACUCUCUCUUCAUAUGUAAGAGCAUCCUGUAUCUGCUGCUGCUGGCUGCACUGAUGUGGAAAAGGCAAGGGAUGGAAGAACAGCACUAGCGCAUGUUGGAUCCUGACCAUACCAGACCAUGUCAGAUCCUGACCAUAGAGCCUUCGGCUGCCAUAUAUGCUUUUCUCAUAUUCGUACAGAAUAUUCUGUAUAAAAAAAAUAAAAAUAAACAGUAGAAUGACAUGCAUUUC